AUGCAGUUUGGAGAGUGUUUUUGGAGAAACGCACUACUUCCAGCCGUGCAGCGCGCGCGACCCGCCGGGCAGCUCGCUUCGUAUAGGACCUCGGCUUCGCCUCGACCGCCUUAUAUCCGCGUUUACCGCUCCUCGGAGCUCGCCCACGCGUUCAUGGCCGUCAAACUCAAGCUCGGCAAACCCAUUGCCACCCCCGAAUCGACGCGGAGAUCCUCCUCGCUGUGGUCCCGCUUCUGCCCGAAUGACUUCGCCGAGGACACCGAGCCCGACCCGCGAGUGGUGGCCAAGGCCGCGUACCUGAAGCGGGUCGGGCGCGUGUUGACAGUCUUGAAGUACCUGAUGAUACUCGGCGCCGCCCUGAGCCUCGUUACCAUCUACGGUCUCACCGACACCAGCCUCGUGCAAGAGGUCUCCCCCAAGAACCUCGACGACUACCGGCGGAUUCUUGCUGAGCACCCAAAUGUGAAGUGCGAGUGCUCGGCGUCGUCAAUCAAGUACUCCGACUUUGGGUCCAUGAACGUGUCGCUGUAUGCAACGUGUGGGUGGGUCGAGCAGGAUCUCAAGAAGGUGCCACUCGGAGCCGAUCAAUACGGAGUCAAAUUUUCAGCCUGCGCAGCGACCGGGUGGAAGAUGUUGUGCGAAGAUCUUCAGAAAUCUUGCCAACGCGGCGAGAAGGUCACGCGGUGGAUGUUCAAGGAGUUCAACAACACCCCCGUGGCGUCGAUGGAACUGCUGAGUGAGGAGUUCCUGAACCAGACACUGGCCACCAAAGUCGACAGUCUACGAGAGAUGCCUGAGCUGGUGACCAUGACCAGCAUCGACAUCUCAGCAGCAAAUGCUGCACACAAUCUUCCGAGAAUCGUGGACGGAAUUGGCGACAUCGCUCAGCGCGUCCAACUUCUCACGCUUUUUGAUGCCAAGAAAUGGAACACCUCGCACCAGCAGUACGGGGCGUGGAAGGAAUUCGAGGAAAGCUGCAUCGCGUCUUCCACCAACAAGGAGAUCACGCUGUGGAAUGGAACGACGUUCACCCCAUCUGUGCCGUGUGACCCGGCUAACGACCUCUACACCUAUUUCAAAGCUGGAACAUGGAAAGAGCAAGAGAUGAAGUUGCAGUGUUACACGAAAGAGUGCUUGUUCGGCGGCUAUCGCACGGUUAUAAGACAGGAAGCUGAUUUAAACGUGUUUGAUCCAGCAUCCUUUCUGGGUGUUGACACAAGGUUGACCUUCGACUUGUAUGGGGCUCUUAUAAAGGAUACCAUUAAGUAUGCUCUCCCCGAAACACACGUCGGCACUUGGCUCGAUGUUCACACGGACGGUUGGUUCCUAGACAAUACCAGGCAAAUAUGCAGCAAUCCUUCUACUUGGCACGACACAAAAUUGGUUCCUACGAUGAAGUUUAGCGCAUGGUUAGAAUGGUUGUUUUCAACCGUUGGCCAGUCUUGGCCAGAGUCUGCGCGGGAUAGUGAAUGGCAUGCGCCUAAUGGGUGCGACGUGUACACCUCCUCUUCAAAGGUCAGUCCCUUCGUGGAGGGGAAGAAUGACAGAAAAACGUAUGAGCAAUUUAGGAUCCACGUGGAUUCAAAAAUUCAGGAGAAUGUCCAAAAGGUCAUCGCGGGCGAGCUCACGCCAUUGGGACCCGUGAAGGAGUGGUAUAUUGGGUUUGCACUGAAUUGGUUGUCAACUGAAUUAAAAUGGGACGAUGUGAUGUACAAUCUUCUGUUCCCGAUGUGGGGAGAGACUAGCCCCCAGCUCGCCCGCAUUGGCAAAGAGAACUGGACCAACGCCAACAUGAUCGAGACCGUCGAGCUCAGCAUCAGCUACGGCACAUACUUUGACGCCUGCGCGCCGAAGACGUGCUCCUACGUCGUCAGCGGGCGGCUGCCGGCGUCCACCCUGGCGUCGAUAAUACUCGGAGUUCUCGGAGGUUUCGCGUCCGUGUGCGCGGUGCUGUUCCACGGUAUCUACAGCGUCAUACGGUUCUUCGCGCUCGGGCCGGAAAGGAGCGACGAGGAUGAGGAGGAGGAGGAGGUGAUGUCUGGACAUCCGCCGCGAGCAGCCGGGUUGUUCACGGGCGCCGGUCCGCCGCGACCAUCCGGCUAUGCGGCUUGA